UGACCGGAAUGGCCUUUUUAACCUGUAAUCAAAUAUACUGACAUCGCUGCUUCUCCAUCGACCAUUACCGCCAUCAUGCUUCUUCUCCUUCGACUUGGCUUGUUCGUCUCCUAAUCUGUUCCUCACCGUCGACUCCAUCUCUUUCGUCGAUUUGCUUCCACAAUCGAUUCCUGAUUUUGAACUGCAACUAUCGAUUUUAGGGGUUAAAAAAUCAAAGAUUAGAAGGGAGACGCACAGAAAGUAGGAGAAGGCCUGUUCAUCUUCUUGUUUUCUAUUCCAUCACGCAUCCCUAAAGCCAAUACUAAAUCCGACAUCAAACUCACUAGUAACUGCAUGGCAAUCACAAGUGUGAGUUGUAAUGUAUCCAUAAAAACAAGAAUGAGUUUUACAGAUUGUGUGGGACUUCCAAACUGCCCGACACUUGAUUUCGGGCAGCCGGGCAGAGGAAGUUCAUGUAGCCGGAUUCCAAUGAGAGUAACAAUGAGAGACCGAAGCAAGAACAGGAAACCAUUGCAAAAAGGUAGGAAUCUUAGCAUUGAAGCCAUUCAAACAAUUCAAGCACUCAAAAGAGCUCCAAAAUCUGUAGAAAAACAACAAGUUAUUGAUUCCAAGUUUAGUAGAUUACUCAAGUUUGAUAUGAUGGCCAUCCUCCGUGAACUUCUUCGCCAAGAAAAUUCCGUUCUUGCCCUUAUGGUUUUUGCAGAAAUCAAAAAGGAAUAUUGGUAUAAACCACAAGUAUCAUUAUACGCAGAAAUAAUAUCGGUUUUGGCAAAGAAUAACAUGUAUGAUGACGUGGAUAUGAUUUUUCUUGAAUUAAAAACCGAAAAAGGUAGAUUAGAGGGUAAAACCGAGGGGUUUAAUUUGUUUUUGGAAACUUUGAUGAGUUACAACAUCACUAGACUUGCCAUGGAUUGUUUUGAGUUGAUGAAAGAGGUUGGUUGUGAGCCCGAUAGAUCAACGUUUAAGUUAUUAGUAAGUUAUUUAGAAUCCAAAGGAGAAAGGAGCCUUUCUGAAAGUAUUAGGCAAGAAGCUUGGAAAUAUUAUGGUGAUUCUAUUGAGUAUGUAGAUGAGCAAGAUGAGAUGGCCACUAGUUAGGGUGUUUGUUUCUUUUUUAUUUAAUAGGGAAAUACUUAAUUUGAUAAGAUAUAUCAUGUAUAUGAGUGUUUCUUGGUUA